GGCGAGAGUAGCCGUCAUGAUCGCCAGCACAAGGCUCGAAUUGACAAUCUCGGUCCUUCUGCAAUCCAAAGCACCGUUUUGACGUCACCUGGCGACUUUUCUGUCAACGCGACACGCAACAUCAACACCUGAGACUUGAAUGUUGUAAGUUAUCGAACGCUUAGUGCGACGGUAGGGGUUGCGAGCAAGGUGCUAUGCUUUCCUAUCAAGACUCUGUUAAAGUACAUCCAGUGUCCCUCGAUUCCAUACACGCUCCCCCUUCGAAGGACAAGCUAGGAGCGCCGAACACGGCUCUAUAACCCAUGUCUCUUGACCUUGAGGCACAACGCCUCCAAAACCUCCAACAGAAGCAAAAGCUACUGGAAGAACUCAACCUCCAGUCUCGUUCUACAACAUCUGCAAACUUGGAUUCGGAAAACAAACAGCCCUUGAAGAAGCGCCGUCUCAAUACCACAGCCCGAUCUCUCCCAUCCCGCUCCUCCGCCAGGAUAGCAGCCAGCGGCCCUCGAGUCUCAUACUUCGACGACAACCUUCCCUUACCCAAGAACGACAAGACCAGACGGCCUCCCAAGACCACCUCACGCCCUCAAGCUCAAGCUCAAGCUCAAGCUCUAUCCAUUGCACCCUCCCCGUCCCCUCCCCCUUCUGACUUGCCCGCCCUCCUAGCCAAAUACAACUCGUAUACUCCUACCGCCCCUCCACCCACCCAGUCCACGGACGGGACAUACCACUUCCCCUCCCAUCCGACUUUUACACCCAACAAAUCUCCGCUCUCCAUCCUCCUGGAAGGCGCCUUCGGCGGGUCCUACUUUUCCCCGUGGCACUCACGCACCCUACGCCUCACCCUUCGAGAUGACCACCUCCACACGCUCCCGGACCACUGGCGUUCCCACCUCACCCCAGCGACGAAGUACCUCACUAGUCCCACCUAUGACGCAUCCCUGAACAAAUACGCCGUCUCCUGCGGCCAGAGCCUCACGGAAUGGGAAGCCGCAGGCUGGAUCAACUUUUCACAUGACCCGCGCGGCUGGUUCGAAUGGUAUAUCCGCUUCUGGCUCGGUCGACGUCUGGACGACGGCGAGGACGAGCGACAAGUCGGCCGCUGGUCACGUUGUGUCGGGCCCAAAGGGCGAUGGAAGCGCAUGUUACUUAAAAAGUACAUCCAAAGCGGCGUGAGGAGCAUCUUCGACGACGACGACGCCGAAGAACGCGAAAAAGAAGCCAGUCCAGUGAUGCAUCAGACUUGCCACCACUGGGCGUAUCAGGUCACGCAGGAGGAUUUGGAUGAGGCGUGGCGGGAACGAGGGCUAUAACCUCGAAGACCACCCGGAUCUGGCACUGCGGGGAUAACGAUUGGGAUUAGGAUGUGUGCCCGAUGCGAUACGAAUGUACGGUUAGACCAGGAACUAUCUCGCCAAGUAUAGCAAGGGAAAGAGCUGGCU